CCCGAGACAGUCGGUGCGACUCGAGGAGGCUCUGCGGUGCGCUCAUGCCGGGGGGGCUGCUGGGAGGGCGAGGACAGGUCACAGGACUUUGAAAAAACAGGAGUAGCACCGCGGCCGCUCUGGUUCUGUUCAGUCUGUUCUCGCUGAGGUGACGUGCGUGACGUGACUCUGAAGCCUGCUACAGAUGCCAGCCGAUUCAGCCGCAGCGGCAGCACCAGCUACAGCUGCUGUGGUUUACUUUACCUCAGAAAUACGCUACAGUGGGCGCUGAGCGGGCUGCGGUGAUGAACCGCUGACCUGGGGACGAUGCUAGGCUAGGCUAGGCUAACGGCGCCCGCUUCGCUCAGCCAGUGCCAGUGGCAGUGCAGCCAGCUAGCUCGACUACUGCUGUCGAGCUCGUUUCUCCCUGAUGAAAUAUUUCCGCCUGUGAGAUAUAUUUCACUGGCUAGAAAAAUCCAGUAAAUGUAAUUGUUUCUGCGAGCUGAAUAGCAAGUUACAUGUCAUUUUUUUUGCCUACGGAUCAUGAUGAUAAUUUGCGCGCAUCUUUCAAGCUGGCAGCAUCCCGAAGAUAACGUUUCGCUCUGUAUUUUUUAAUAUUAUGAUGGGAUUUUAUUUAUGUAUAUGAAAUAAUGACUUUUCAUGGGAAGAACUAUUAUAAUAGUACAUAUUAUAUAAAACUAUUACAGUAGCAGGUGAAUUCGGGAAAGAAAGCUGACAUUGCGAAAACUACUCGGGUUACGGUAGAACUGCCUGGAUGGAACCGAGGCAAGAUAACUUGAACAUUUUUGGUCUUUUAUUGUUUGUACUGGUAAUUUAAUGUAUCCUACGACAAAGAAGGCCGGCGUGUGCCUGCGGUCUGCUGGAGAAGCAACUGUUUUUGGGAACAUGUAUGUGUAUGAGAGGUGCAUGUAAGCCCUGCUGCCUUUCUCUCGAUCGCUCUACCUCUGGAAUCAAGCAUUGGAGGAUUUUUAUAACACUCGGAAAGACUGGAGAGCCAAAAAAGAAAGAUGGAUACGUUAUGAUGUGAUGUGAUGUGACACCCUGGGCUGCGCUGGAUGAAUGACGGAUGUCGAUGAUGCUUUUCGACCAACUGAACUAGUAUCGGCUCUCUGCUGUCACCAUAAAUACAUACACGCUCGCCUCGCUGCGCCUCCUUCUAUGUGCUGCAUGAGUGUCGCGAGGCGGCUGCGGAGAGCUCGGGGCGGGUUACUCGCGUGCUGUCGUGCGGGAAAAAGCGGGAUCCCAGGCCGCGUGCGCCGCGCGAGCGCGCGGCCGCGAACUGCUGCGCUGCCCUGAGCAACACAGUCCCUGGAAGGUCCAUCUCAGGGCUAAAACCAUGGCCAAUGAACCUGUCAUCCUCAACGUUUAUGACAUGUACUGGAUCAAUGAGUAUACUUCCACCCUUGGUAUUGGAGUCUUCCACUCAGGCAUCGAGAUCUAUGGUAGAGAAUUUGCAUAUGGAGGCCAUCCAUACCCAUUCAGCGGGAUCUUCGAGAUUACUCCUGGUAAUGCUGCUGAACUCGGUGAAACCUUCAAAUUCAAAGAGGCCAUCGCUUUAGGCACCACAGAUUUCACAGAGGAUGAUAUAGACAAGAUCAUGGAGGAACUGGGCAAGGAGUUCAAGGGGAACGCCUACCAUUUAAUGCACAAGAAUUGCAACCACUUUUCUUCUUCACUUGCUGAGCUGCUGUGUGGGCGAGAAAUCCCUCGCUGGGUGAACCGACUGGCCUACUUCAGCUCAUGUAUCCCCUUCCUGCAAAGCUGCCUGCCCAAGGAGUGGCUGACACCAGCAGCCCUCCAAAGCCACAUCAGCCUGGGCCUCCACAAAGAGGAGCAGGUGGAGUCCAGUGAUGAGGAGCCUCCUUCUGCCUCAGGAGCCUCCGCAGCUUCGGGCUCCUCUCACAGCUGUCGUCACACUCGGGUCUGAGCACCCACUGACUAAGAUUUUCCUCCCUGUGGAUCCAUGUCCUCUGUGGGGAUGCAGUGCCGCCGUUAGGCCUGGAUGACCACCUGACCUCAUGCCUAAAUAAAGAGGCAGGAAGACAGAAACCUCCCUGCUAACACAGAGACCCCAAUGGAGUAACAUUUGAUUUAAUUCUUCUACCCAAAGUGUUUGUCUACUAGUCCCAUCUACAUAUACUGUAGUAAAUAUUUAUAAGGAUUUUCUUCUCUGUACAAGUUUUCCAUCUAGCAGAGGUUUUCCAAAUCACUGACAGUGCAGACUAACUGCUAGCCUGCAUCUUUUCCAGCAUUUUCCAUAUCAGAACUUUAGUCAGUCUUGCUUUCUCUUUAGGAUUCUCAAUGCAAUUCAGCUGAAUGUUUUAAACAUGUGAUUAUGGUGAUAGAUGAAGUAACUUUUUCUUUUUAUCCAAAAUACCUUUUCAACAAAUUUAUAAUCCUUCAUACUAGCAGAUUCUUUAAACCUGCCAUAGUGUUCUUCAUGAGGCGGGGUGCUACUAUUUUUAAGAAAGAUUUUGAUACCAUGGGUAAGAACAGCCUCUGGCAGCUUUUUCAUUACUUGGCAAAUGUGCAGUACUGAAAAUAAAUGUGCCAAACCCCAACUGCUAUUCAAUUCUGAUAACAUUGUCAAAUUAAGGUCAUACUUGUUUUGCAUCAUAAUAACUUGGUAAAAGCAUGGUUUUUUUUUUAUUUCAACAUAUUGAAUUAGGUCUUAAAACAGUUGCAGUUCCAUGCCCUUUGAAAUUAAGUUCAAGGAAUGGUACCGAUGUUUACCCAGAUGGGCUGUUUUUUCGCUUUUCAUGUACUGGCUUAUGAAGGUAGGAAUGACUUGUCUUUCUCUCCUUCGAAAGCAAUGACUGAUUUGACAAAGAUAAGGACAAAGGGGGGCUAAGAUUAAAAAAACAGGUUUGAGGAAAAGAUUUUAUUGACAAAUAUAAAGAGUUAUUUUUGGUGUCAGUUGGAUGUGUUGGACUUCUGCAAUUUAGGGAUCUGGUGUCGGCCAGAAAUGAGCCACCUUUAAGCCAUGGCUCUGCUCCGUUCAUACUUAUUUAAAGGUUAACAACUAAAGGUCUUGAUCAUCACGAUCCAUUUUGCGGUGUGCAGCGGUGAGAAGAGUUGUUUUUUAGUCUUGGCCAUUGUCGCGCAUCACGUAAGCUUAUAUCUAUUUUCAUCAAUAUUAUUACAGAAAUUUGCAAAAACAUGCAACUUUCAAGGUUUUUAAUGAUAUUGUUGCAAAGUACAGACAGGAUAUUCUGCAAAAUGUUUCAGAAAAAUCUUCACCAUGCCCCUACAUUUUUUGUCUCCUAUUCAUACAGGUUUUGUCUUCCUAAAUGCAAAGCUGGAAACCAUUCUCCUCUCAGGUCAAGUCACAAGGAAGUUACAUGAUCCCUGAGUUUAAACAGGCGAUUUACAUUCAAUUUCAAUAACACAAUGAGGCAAGAUGACUGGAAACAAGAGAAGAAUUGUUUAUAUAUUUAAGAAUAUUCUAUAUUUUUAUUUGAUUUUGAUGUUCUCUAACAGGAUUUUUAAAAUAUAAUUAUCAUAAUAUUUUUAUUGAUUUAUUUAUUACCUUGAAAUGUUUUGAUGGACUGUGGAAAUCUUCAGACAGGUGUUUCAUGUUCACUGUUGACAUACAUGUUGGCACUUUCUACUGCUGAUUUCAGUAAUAUCUUUUUCUAUUGUACCGUGUCAGUUUUAACCUAGAUUGGUAAAUCCUUUUCUGAUCUAAAAGACUGUG